GGACAAUAUCCUCUCGUGGACCCCACGUUUACUCAUCGUCUACCUUAAGUAUCUUUACAACGUUAUAUUGGUCUUGUCGCAGCGAAUAACGGUGAAAUCAGGAAGUGAAAUCAGAGAAGAAGAUCGAGCAGAAAGACAACGUAUCACAUCGUCGUGAGAUACUAGCACUGUUAGAGCUACCGAGUUUUCCCCACACCACGAUAAGCGAACUGAGCAGUCAGGGCCACGCGUCAGCAUAAAAAGGCCUCGCCCACUCUAACCACACGAGAGAGAUAGAGAGAGCCAAACACGAAGUCGACUUGAAGCGCUAGGAGUCGUAGACAACCAACUCUUAACCGUGACGGUCAUACUAAUAAUUCGUUGUUUCAGACUUUGAAUCCUGUUAUAUAUCCGAGCACAUCGUGUUAUUGUACUUCAUACUGCCAACCGAUCCAAUCGGCUACUGAACUUGGUAUUACGGUAUAUUACAGUUGUUGUUUCUUCCGCCACUACAUAUAUAACUACUACCGGUUAUUCACAGAAAAUGGAUGUAUCACACUCAACGUCUGUGACCGAACACUCGCGGUGGAUGCACUCUGUCAUGAACGGCCAACACGACUCACACUCCGUGACAGCAGAGCGCAUGCACGCAGCGCACGCCACGGGCCUGAAUUUCGUGGAACCAUCACAGUUGCUACCUCCCGAUGAAGUGGACGUUUUCUUCCACCAUCUUGACGGCAAUGGAAAUCCAGUUAACCCUGCAAGUUAUUACGCUAGUCCAGCUGCUGCCAGAGCCGCCGUUCACAGUUACCGCCCCUCGCAUCACGCUAGAGUAAAUGUACCGGGCAGUCAAGUGUGUAGACCACACUUCCAUGCACCACCAAUUCAGUGGACCAGUGGACACACAGCUUGGUGUGCCAAUCCGUUCAGCAAAUCGCCGCAUCAUUCCAAUCCUAGUGGGCCGAUCGCCGUGCAUCCAGCCAACUCAAUGUCUUCGUCAUCCCACGCUCACACAAGUCCACAUCUCUUCAAUUUCCCACCGACACCACCGAAAGAGAGCACGCCAGACAAUCUGACAGGGUCGGGAACCACUCUCUUAGCACUGGAGUACGGAAAUCAGCUAUCGGAUGAUAAAUCCUCGAAAUCCAGUUUAAUUGGAGGCAUGUCAGACAACAUCAUGAACAAUUGUUCAACUGCCUCGUCGAUGCCAUCAUCGAUGUCAAUGAGUUCUUCACACAGUGGUUUUACACAGGCCCAUCCAAUGCCAACUUACCCCGCGUACGUCACAAGUUCUGACUUCAGUAACUCGCUAAGCUUUCACCCCAGCGUUCUCAGUGCUAGAAACGUGAACUUCCCUUCAUCUGCCCGACAAAGAACGAAAACUCGAUCUAAUUCUGAGGGUCGUGAGUGUGUGAAUUGUGGGGCAACAUCCACUCCGUUAUGGAGACGAGAUGGCACUGGUCACUAUCUCUGCAACGCAUGUGGAUUAUACCACAAGAUGAACGGUCAAAAUAGGCCAUUGAUCAAACCAAAACGAAGAUUGUCUGCUGCACGGAGAGCGGGAACAAGCUGUGCGAACUGCCAAGCAACGCAAACCACGCUAUGGAGACGAAACGCCAAUGGAGAUCCCGUGUGCAAUGCUUGUGGGCUUUACUACAAGCUUCAUGGGGUGAACAGGCCCUUAACCAUGAAGAAAGACGGCAUCCAGACUAGAAAUAGAAAGCUGUCGACCAAAUCGAAGAAGAACAAGAACAAACACGCAAUGGAUGAUCCCCUCAAAGCAGGAGAAUCUGUCAUGAAACAAGCCGCGUUUGGAGCACCACAGAGUUCUCCCUAUCACCAUCAUCACCACCAUCACCACCACCAAUCACCCGGCAUGGUCAAAUCGGAAGACUACCACAGCGGCAUGAGUGCUCUCCAUUCUUACCAGUCAACGGCAAGCAGCAUGUGCGCACCCCUGGUGCCACCACCGACGGCUCACAUGGCCGUGCCGUCCAGCUUGUCACUGUGCCCGCCGACAACCAGUAUGGUAGGAGCUAUGGCCUGAAUUAGACUUUCAGAAAAGCUGGUCUCCUGGGCGGAGGAUUGAGAUGGCUGGCGGCACUAUGCGUUUGCAUAACCAAUAACAGAGUGAUUUAAUGUAUAAAAGCAAUCAGAGGCAGUACCCAUGGAGACUGUAGCUAGGGAGGAUGAAGAAUAGUGUACUUGGAUUGACUAAAAUAUCUUAAAGGAGUUGAACAAUGUACUGCUGAUAUGUGUAAUUGCUCUUUUAAGCACAGACAGUGUGGUGAACAUCAAUGUAUAUUACUAGUAUACCCAUUUUAGGGAAUGUAGUUACUGCACACCGCGUAGUUCAUCAACUCAUCUUUAUAGAAGACACCUUUUAAAAACAAAUAAAGAUAGACAUCAGCUAUAUGAGACUUUCAAGAGAUUUAAUAUAUAUACAUAUAUAUAUAUAUAGGGCGAGGGAAGAAGAAGAGUGAGAAUUGAAAGACAAUUGAAAGGACAUCGAAUAAUACAUUGCAUAUGCCUGCCAGAUUCGCAUAAUGUGCUAAAGUUCUCAGCUCAAUGCCUCGUAUGCUGGAGUAGUGGGUCUUAUAUGAUUUGCAUUGGUGGUCAUCAGGGAGCUGAUUUGCAAUGGCAGACGAUUCGGGAGUCGACCCUUCACCCCCGGUGUCGAGAGUGGUCAUGCUCCUUCAUGUUCAGUGUUAGCACGUCGUUUGCAGGUCUUUGAGGACAUUAACGGACAUAAUUUCGCGACUAAAUAUUUUAAGACAAUGCUCACUGGCCGAGCUUGUAUUAUAUACGUUUUAAUCACGACUAGACCCAUUGGUUGUCAUGCCAACCAGUUAUCAUCUAGAUUCAGCACUUAAAGUGUUUUAUUCUUUUUCCCUCCCCUUUUUUAUCUGCUGUACUUAACACAUCUAGAAUUAUAUUUAAGCGUCAUUUAAAUUUAAAGAUAGAUUUAUAUUUCAGAAUCUCUUUAAAUAAGUGCAUAUUUAUUCCACCAUGUUUCAUUUUUUAACUUAAUACUGCCUCAUGAAAGAAAGACUGACAUUUUACACUGUUUUGUCAAUUUUUAUCGGUUCUUUUGUUAGAUUUCUAUUUGCAGUAAAAAGCUAUUUUUAUUUGUGCCAAUGAGUUAUGUGUCCAAGUUUGGCUUGGGCCCAUAUUGCCUGCUUGUUGUAAAUACACGUGCGUUUAAUUAAUAAGUAUAUUAUUCACUGUUAUUACCGGUAGUAGCAAGAAAAAUAAAAAAGAGUACAAUGCUUAGUAACUAUAUUUACUUGCUCGUGGUUCCAUUUAAAAAAAAUAAUCGGUGGAACCAAAAGAAACGUUCAUAUUUAAAUUUUCUUCGAUUUUUAUAAUGAAAAGAAGAUAACCUGUUACAGUGUUCAUUUUUUCUUGUAGAUGUAAGAUUUCUCCGGUUCGUAAGAAUUCACACACAUCUUUUCACACACAUUUGAACAAGUAGAGCUCGACGUCUUUAUUUCAUGAUUACUGAUGAUGAAAUGUGAGAAGAAGGUUUAUUUAAAUUAUCGGUGCAAUAUAUACAAAUGGAUGACCGCAUUGGCGUUUUUUCAUGAAAUGUUAUCGUUUCAAUCAAUGUUCAUUGGUGAAACGUACAACUCCUUGGUUGAUCUCUAUUAAUCCGUGUGCAUUUCACAUUAAGAAGUGGUAAAUGUUUUCUUUUUAUGUGUAUCUUCAGAAAAUAGAGAACAACCGUGAAAUGACCCUUAUUUUUUGUCUGUACAUGUUGUACAAAUUAUAUUGUCUAUUAAAAUGUGACACUUGAAAAAAA